UCACCGUCUGUCCACACCACGACGUCGACGAGCGACAAGCGUCAAUGUAGGUACCGGUUUGUGUUUAAUCCGUAGUGUUUGUCGUACUCGUUCUUUUGCGUUCACCGUCGUGGACCCACUCCAGAAAAGAAUUACGACGCCAAUGUGAAUUCUCAUCGGUUGACCGUUCUGACCGUUCCGUAUUUCUCUUUCGGCGACCUUUUAUAGCAAAGCGACUAUCCGAACGUCAACAUGUAUUUAAAGACGUGGAAAGAAUUUGAAACCGCUUCGUACAACCUGCUCCUCAAAGAUCCGACCAGGGUCAGAUGUACUAUGAAGUAUUGUCAUAGUGAAUCAACUGUGCAAUUAAAAGUAACUGAUGAUAUUUCGUGCUUGCAGUUUAAAACCUCAGAUAUACAAAAUGUAAAGAAAAUUGAAGUAUUUUAUGCUACAAUUAUGAAACAAAUAAUAUCUAAUGAACUUUGAAAUUGUAAUCAAAAAUUAUUUAUUUUAAAUUGUGAAAAUGUAUAAUUGUAUAAGUACUUAUUGUUAUAACAUCAAAAUAUACAAAAAAAGUAUAUAAAUAAUAAAAUGUAAGAACAUUCCAAACGAAAACACUAAAUACCAUAUAAGAUUAGUUGUCUUAUUAUUUGAUGCCGUAAUUAUUUUGAAUAAUUAUUUAUUAUAUGAGUUAGGAGUUUGCUACUCCUAAAAAUAUCGAAAAAAUUGCUCAAAUAAAACACAUUCAAAUU